AUGGCUGGAGGUGAUCGAACGGCUGAAUCUACUCCCGUUACUCUUCUUCCCGAGUCCAGCGGCGGCGGGGAUACCAGCAACCCUUCAACACCCGCCUCCUCCGCGAACGCCGCCGCAACCUUCGGCGUGCCUCUCUCCUCGCUGCGCUUGCCCGGCCUCCAGUCCCUGAUUCUGCUCUCCGUCGUCGCGUACGCUGCCGUGAUUGGUUUCUCGCUCUCCGUGUCGCUUAAUCUCCCCGCCACUACCGCACAGCUCGAAGCGCCCAGCGGCAGCCACGUGGGCGUUUCGAGCGCCGAUAGCGACGGCACUGGCGCACGCGUGAAUCGCGGAGGAAAUUCGAUUACCAUUGGUGAAAUCCUCCGCGAACCAUGGCGGUUGAUCUUCCCCGGUGAGGGCGGGGCAGGCCCGUUCAAUCCACGGCUGGUUUCUGAGCGGACGGAUAGCCCGGGAGAGGGGGGCAGGCGGUGGGGGAAGGCGGGCGCGCAAGACCGCACAUUCGUGCUUGGGGGGGGCCAGGGGGAAGCGGAGAAGACGGGGGAAGGGGGAGAUGCGGACGACGCGGAUGGCGCGGGGGGGGCGCGGGAAGGGGGGAGGCAUGCGGUGGGGGGGGAAGCGGGAGAGGACGCAGACUGGAGCGACGAGAAGGGGCUGUUGCAGCAGUUGAUGUCACUGGCGGAAGAUGACAGUGAGCGGGGCGGGCGGGAGGGGGAGAUGGCGGACGAGGCGGAGGGGGACGGGGAGGAGGAGCGAUGGCGCGGCAAGGAGGAGGAGGCGAGGGAGAAGGAGAGUGAGCUGGAGCCGCUGAAAGUGUUCCUGCUGCCUCUCACCCGGGAAUACAACUUUGGCAUGCUGCAGUCAUUCUCUGCCUUGCCGUGCCUUCUCUCCCACAAGCUUGCUCACACAUCCACGCUCUCCCCCACCCCACCUCCUCCCCUCCUUCCGCCCGCCCUUCCCUCCCUUCUUUACCAGCAAUUCGCGGAUCAGGGACACUGGCACAACAUCUUCCUGCCACGUGGCAUGCCUGCGUCAUGGCUGGCUGUUGCUCCCUCUACACCCUCCUCCCCCUCUUCCCCUUCCUCCCCCUCGUCCUCCUCCUCCUCUUCUUCCUCCCCGUCCUCCCCCUCUUCCUCUUCCUCCCCUUCCUCCACAUCAUCGCGCAUCGCUGCUUUGGCAUCCGCCCCCCUCUCGCCCUCUGUCUCCUCCCCUCCUCCCCCUUGGCCCUCCGCAUCGGAUUCUCCCAAUGACGUGCCUCUUCUUCUCACUCCCCUCAACACUCUCACCGUCAUGCGACCUGCUGCUCCUGCUGCUGAUGCUUAUGGCGCUGAUGGUGCUGCUGAUGCUGGUGGUGCUGAUGGUGCUGAUGGUGCUGAUGGUGCUGAUGGUGCUGAUGGUGCUGAUGGUGCUGAUGGUGCUGGUGGUGCUGGUGGUGCUGGUGGUGGCAACAGCGGGGUGGCAACUUCAGCUGUGGGUGCGGUAGGGGUUGUGAAUGAGUCAGGGGAUAACAGCGAGAGGAGUAUCGAGGAGGAGGGGGAAGAGAAGGAGGAGAAGGAGGGGGGUGAGAAGAAUGAGAAGGAGGAGAAGGAGGAGGAGGAGGAAGAAGGGGAAGAAGGGGGACGAGAAGCAGUAAGGAGAAGGUUGCUGGGUGAAGGACUGGAUGGGAGAGCAUCAGGGGCCGUGGGCAUAGCGGUAGCAUCAGCAGGCGGUACAGGGGGUACAACUCAGGAGGGAGAAGAGAGCGUGCUAAAUGACGCCAGACUUGUGAUGGACCAGAAAGCAGGGAGCGGAAUAAUAGCAGCAGCAGCAACAGCCACAGCAGCAGCCACAGGGGGAGCAGCAGCAGCAGCAGCAGCGGGCAGAGGCGAUGGUAGUGGUGGGGCGAAUGCUGCUGGCGGGGGUGCAGGGAGUGCAAUCAUUGACUUGGGCCCGUGGGUGCGUGGUGGCAGCACGGCCAGCAUUGCACGCUACUCUGACAUGCCUUAUGAGCUGCAGCACAGCGCAGAUGUGGAGGUGGUGGGGGAGGAGCAGCAGGCAGACGUGGUGUUUGUGCACUUCUUCUCCUCGCUCGCACUCCUGCACACCUCACUCAACCACUCCUCCUGGGCGCACUUCAACGCCCUGCAGGAGCGGUUGUACCAUGGCAUCACAGGCAGCAGCGCGUGGGUGCGGCGGGGCGGGCGCGGCUUUGUGUUCCCUGCAGGGCACCCUCUCAGCCUGGACCCCAUCGUGCACCGCCUCUCACACGCCACCUUCCUCGCCGCUGAUUUCUGCUUCCAGCCUUACCAGGUGAUGAGGAGCAGCAAGGAUGUGGUAGUGCCGUACGUGCCAGUGGUGAGCGAGUACAAGGACGACCCGGGGGACUUCACCCGCCGCCGCACACUCCUUUUCUUCCAGAGCCAUCUCCUAGCUCGCUCCCAUGGCUACUGGCUGAGGCAGCGGGUGCACGAGGUGCUGGCGGGGGAGGCAGCAGUGACGUUCACGGCAGUGGCGGUGUUCAACGAGCAGGCGAGGGCGUCCAACCAGGCGCUCAUGCGCUCCUCCAAGUACUGCCUCGUGCUUGAAGGCGACACGUCCUCGUCGGGUCGGCUGUUUGACGCGGUGGUGAGUGGGUGUGUGCCGGUGAUAGUGUCAGACGCCCUUGACCCGCCCUUUGAGGACCGCCUCGACUACACGCGCUUCUCCCUGCCCGUGCCCGCCGUGCUGGCCGCCCGUCGAGGCUUCCUGUGGACACUGCUGCAAGCCGCAUCCGCUUAUUUGCUGAGCAUUCAUUAA